GACGCUGCAACCACCAUGGCUGAAGAUGCAGAGCGCGCUCCGCCGCUGAGCGAGAGGAAGCACAGGCCGAGACACAGGUGCUCGUUUUUGCGGACGCGGGUGCUCGUUUUUGCGGACGCGGCACACAUGGCGCUGCCCGCCGGCAUCAUCCUGCUCUUGCUGGCUGUCUCGUCAAGCGUGGACUUUGCCACGGCUGAGGGCUGUGGAGCAUCAUGCGGAAAAUGUGACUGCAGUGGUGUGCAGGGAGCCAAGGGUGAGCGUGGACUCCCCGGUCUUCAAGGUAACAUGGGAUUCCCAGGAAUGCAAGGACAUGAGGGACCGCCCGGGCCAAUCGGGCCCAAGGGAGAUUCAGGGCAGUUUGGCGCUCCUGGAAUCAAAGGAGUCCGGGGUCCUCCUGGUCUUCCAGGUUUCCCAGGAAAUCCAGGACUACCUGGAAUCAAUGGAAACGAUGGUCCACCUGGUGCGCCAGGUAUCCCAGGAUGCAAUGGGACGAAAGGAGAACCUGGUUUUGGUCUUCGAGGACCUCCUGGCAACCCAGGUCUUCCUGGAAUUAAGGGCGAUCCGGGCGGUGCGAUUGGCAUUAUUCCCCUCAAAGGAGACAGAGGCUUUCCGGGCACACCUGGACUUCCUGGAGGCAGCGGACCACCCGGGCCCGUUGGUCCUCCAGGACCUCGAGGCUACAUCGGACCCAAAGGUGAUGCCGGCCCACCCGGCCCCCCUGGAGAAAAGGAUGACAAGCUGUUCUUUGAGAGUGAGAAAGGAGAUAAAGGCGAGCGAGGCUUCCGAGGGCCGCCCGGCCCUCCUGGACCCCCUUCGCCGGGUGUGGAAGGCCCUGGCACAGAGUUUAUCGGACCGCCGGGAAACAGGGGAUAUCCAGGGGAAAAAGGAGAGAAAGGCUUUUGCAAUAUAUCUAUGAACGGAGUGAAGGGUGACCCGGGUCCUCCGGGACCACUAGGCAAACCUGGCAAGGAAGGAGAUGAAGGGCGAAAGGGAGAAAAGGGCUUCCCUGGAAAUUCUGGAUACCCUGGACUGCAGGGUGAAAAAGGAGAAAGAGGGCCUGCUGGAUAUGCAAGUGGUGCCCCUGGUCCUCCUGGUCCCCGUGGUCUCCCUGGGUUGCAAGGAGAAAAAGGUUUUCAUGGACCUCCGGGAGAAGCAGGGCCCCCAGGACGCUAUCAUGAAGGCCCUCGUGGAGAGACUGGCCAGAAGGGAGAUGAGGGUCAGAAAGGAGACAGGGGUGUUGAAGGAGAGUCUUUAUUUGGACCCCCAGGCCAACCAGGCCUAGAAGGACCCCCUGGACUUCCAGGGCUACCUGUUGACCCUAAUGAGUGCACCAAUGCAAAAGGAGCCCCCGGCCCAUCCGGGCCACCGGGACUUCAAGGAGAAUUGGGACAGAAAGGUGACAAAGGAGAAACUUGCAUCCUAUGUGAAGGGUUCGGACCCGCUGGAUUGCCUGGCCCCCAGGGCCUUAAAGGGGAGCGGGGACCUCCUGGUCCAGUGGGAAGCAAAGGCGAUAAAGGUCAUUCUGGACCAUCAGGAACUCCUGGAAGACCUGGCAACGGUGGCAUUCCUGGUUUGAUUGGAGCACCUGGUGCAGUUGGAGAGCCAGGAGACAUAUUCAUUGCUCCUGGUCUUAAAGGAGACAAAGGCUUCCCUGGUCCUAGUGGUUCACCUGGACAACCAGGUCUAGAUGGACUCCCAGGGAGUGAUGGCCUACCAGGUGUUCCUGGUUACAAAGGAGAACCUGGCAAAGUGCGCAUCAAGGGUGACCGUGGAUUAAUUGGGGACCCUGGUCUUACCGGCCCCCCUGGGGAGAGGGGUUCCCCAGGUCUUCCAGGCUAUGGGCGACCUGGUGUGCCUGGAGACAAGGGCAGUCAGGGGAGGUCUGGCAUCCCCGGAUCACCUGGAGCAUCUGGUGCAAAAGGUGAGCCAGGUCAAGGUGUGAGCACCCCUGGACCACAAGGUGCACCUGGACCACGAGGAGAACCUGGCAGAGAUGGCCCUCAUGGUCCAACAGGUCCCCAAGGAGACUCAGGAAUACACGGUUUUCCUGGACAGAAAGGUGAUCAAGGACCACCAGGGAUUGGAUUUCCAGGCCCAACUGGUGCAAAAGGAAUCAGUGGAAUUCCAGGAGCUCCGGGAUUGCCAGGAGAGACAGGGAGACCUGGACAGGACGGUAUUUCUGGACAACCUGGUCCACAGGGACACAAAGGUGAACCGGGAAUGGGGCUCCCAGGCCAAAAAGGUUCACAGGGUCCUCCAGGAAUUAUUGGCUUCCCUGGAGACAAAGGUAACACUGGAUUACCUGGUAUUCCUGGGCGAGUGGGCCUGACAGGACCACCAGGACUUCAGGGAGUAAAAGGUACCAUUGGACCCCCUGGACCUGCUGGAGUUAUAGGAUUACCAGGUGCUCCAGGAAAGGGUUUACCAGGGGCCCCAGGACCACAAGGACAACCUGGAGAGCCCGGUCCAUUUGGUAGGGUAGGUGAUAAAGGAGAGAGUGGCUAUCCAGGCCCCCCCGGCAUUGGCAUGCCAGGGCCUCAAGGAGAAAAAGGACUCACUGGGUUCCCUGGAGCCCCUGGUGUAAAAGGACUGCCAGGACCAUCAGGCUUGCCAGGAAGGGAUGGACUGAUAGGAAAACAAGGUACAAAAGGUGAAAUGGGGGUCAUAGGGACUCCGGGAUUGCCAGGAUUUCCUGGACCACCCGGUUUAUCUGGAAGUCAAGGCUUGAGAGGUGAUCAUGGUCUUCCUGGUUCGCGAGGACAAGCCGGAGAGUCUGGACUUAAAGGAGAGAGGGGAGAGACAGGGCUACAGGGACCUCCGGGGAACAUGAGUAAAGUUGACAUGGAGCACAUGAAAGGGAACAAGGGAGACCUUGGAGAUCCAGGAAACCCUGGAAUAACAGGACAAAAAGGCUUUCGCGGACUACCUGGAGAUCCUGGAAUGCCAGGAAAAAAUGGAGAACCUGGUUUAGCCGGACAGCCAGGUCAGAAAGGUGACUCUGGCGUUCUUGGAGAACCAGGCAGUAUGGGACCACCAGGGCAAAAGGGGAGUGCAGGCGAGAUGGGAAUACCAGGUCCAGUUGGUCCAAAGGGUCUUAAAGGAGGUGUAGGUACACCAGGCCAUCCUGGUUUCAGAGGAGCAGAUGGAGAGAAAGGAGAACAAGGAACACCUGGUGAACCAGGUAUUGGUCUCCCAGGAUUUCCAGGAGAACAGGGACAACCCGGCCAAUCAGGACUCCCAGGACCGCGAGGAGAGAAGGGUCUGAAGGGUCACUUUGGAAUGCCUGGCAUGCCAGGACUGCAGGGAGCUAAGGGAGACAAAGGAAUAUUUGGCACUCCAGGCCAGCCCGGUAUACCUGGUGAGAAGGGUGUUCCAGGGCUGCCAGGGUCUGCAGGAGAGCCUGGUCAAGAUGGCCAGCUAGGUGAGAGUGGUUUGUCAGGACCUCCUGGUCCACCUGGAGAGAAAGGAGAAGCUGGUGUUGAUGGCAUUCCGGGAUCCUCAGGAGAGCGAGGAGACCCUGGUUUACCCGGUCUUAGUAUUCCAGGACCCACGGGGGAGCUAGGUAGCAAAGGUGACAAAGGUAGUCCCGGCUUCCCAGGCACCCCAGGCUAUCCCGGUGUGCCUGGUAUCAAAGGAGACAAGGGACUUACCGGCUUUCAGGGGCGCCAAGGUGAGCCAGGAGAAAUUGGGCUCCCAGGAAUCUCUCUCGAGGGCACGAAAGGAAAUCAGGGUGAAAAUGGACAACCUGGAGAACCAGGAAUCAUUGGCGCACCAGGACUUUCUGGUGUGCCAGGCCGAGAUGGGCAGAAGGGGGAUAAAGGAGACCAUGGUCUCCCCGGUUUCCAGGGAGAGUCAGGGCAAAAGGGUGACACUGGAACACCUGGAUUUCCUGGGCCAGCUGGUCUUUCAGGUGUUCAUGGUCCCAAAGGAGAGAGCGGACUUCAGGGGGUGCCCGGUUUCCCAGGUACAAAAGGUAAUCAAGGCGAUUUUGGAUUCAAAGGAGAACUUGGAGACAGAGGAUUUCAAGGAGAAAAGGGGAAUGUUGGCCCCCCUGGUCCCCCUGGUCCACACACCUUCAUCAAAGGAGACGUUGGUCACCCGGGUAUCACAGGCUUACCAGGACCGCAGGGGCCAGCUGGGUUCCCAGGACAGAAAGGACAGCAAGGUCUGACAGGUCUUCCAGGGCCAAAAGGGGAAGAUGGCCUCCCUGGAUAUCACGGUCAGGCAGGAUCCAAAGGCAACUCUGGUCUGCCUGGGCCACAAGGACCCAGAGGCUAUCCUGGACCACCAGGACCUGAUGGUGUUCCUGGCCAAGUGGGACCACCUGGCCCCUCCUCCAUGGAUCACGGUUUCCUGGUGACUCGGCACAGCCAAACAGUGGAGGUUCCAGUUUGUCCUGAGGGCACCUCGCCCAUUUAUGAUGGCUACUCAUUGCUCUACGUGCAAGGCAAUGAACGCUCUCACGGGCAAGAUCUCGGUACGGCAGGGAGCUGUCUAAGGAAGUUCAGCCCGAUGCCCUUCUUGUUCUGCAACAUCAACAACGUCUGCAACUUUGCCUCCCGUAAUGACUACUCAUACUGGCUCACCUCGCCAGAGCCCAUGCCCAUGAGCAUGGCGCCAAUUACCGGCGAAAGCAUUAAACCCUUCAUCAGCAGGUGUGCAGUAUGUGAAGCUCCAGCCAUGGUGAUUGCGGUUCACAGUCAGACCAUUAUGAUCCCUGCGUGUCCUUACGGUUGGGACUCUCUGUGGAUCGGCUACUCCUUUGUCAUGCACACCAGUGCCGGUGCUGAGGGCUCGGGCCAGGCUCUGGCAUCUCCCGGUUCCUGCUUGGAGGAGUUCCGAAGCGCUCCGUUCAUCGAGUGCCACGGUCGCGGAACCUGCAACUAUUACGCCAACUCCUACAGCUUCUGGCUUGCGACGAUCGAAGACAGCGAGAUGUUUACGAAACCCGUGCCAACGACACUAAAAGCGGGAAAUCUGCGAACGCACAUAAGCCGCUGUCAGGUGUGCAUGAAGAGAACAUAAACCCCCCCCCCCCGCCUGACUUGCGAUCCUGUUCACUUGGCUUUAAAAAUUCCUAAUGUCCGAGGAUGGUGCUAUUUCCCUGCAUGUGUGAGGGCGAAGGGAGUGAGUUUGAACUUUAGCAAACCAGAACAAAAUUCAAAGACCAAGUGCCUCUCGCUCCAUGCAAAACAUUUCUACUAACAAAGAACGGCGCCCAGUUUACCACUGCACUGAGUAGAUGCCCGCUGAACCGGUAAACUAGUGUUCAUUUUGAAAGGGGCGCUGUUGCUAUUGAAUCUUUACUUAUCUGACGUAUUCCAUUUGCUCCUUGAAAGAUAACGCUACAUGUUUAUAAUAUAGAGCCACACUAUGUUUUUAAACUUGUUUGCACACACUGAUAUUAAGGAUGGGACUUGCCACUGACUCCGCAAUCAUUUGCUAACGCACGACACGCAGAUUUAUAGCAAUUAUCCUGUUGUAAAUAUAAUGCAUUCCUAGUUCAACAUACUCCUCAGGUUAUUAUUGAGUCUACUCUGUGUUUUAUUAAAGCCCUUUUUAUUUAUGAGACUAUGUUGGACUCGAGUGUAUGCAAGGUUCAAUGGACCCAAAGACAUUUUGCGCCUUAAUAACAGCACUGUAGUAGAAAUGGCAGAUUAGAAUGUGUGUGUUUGGCGGAACACUUCUCUGUUGUAACAAUGCUUCUCAUCAAUAAUUAUAUAAACAUAUAUAUAUAUAUAUAUAUAUAUAUAUAUAUAUAUAUAGCUACACAGUUAGAAAAGCUUUACAGAAUACCAUUUGAUGUUAAGUAGCAUUGUUGCAACAAAUGAAAAUCUACCAAAAACAAAUGUUAUUGUUUGUGUUGUUGCUGUUGCUGAUGCUUAAACAAAGUCGCUAAAUGUAAAAGAAAUAACCCAACUUUACGGCGUUUUUUUUUGUUUUUUUUUGCUUUACUCUUCUCCCCAUUCAGUGAGUCCAAUCUUUGAUCUGCCAAAAAUGCACGUGUAUAUCCAGUAUACAGCAUAUAUUUUACUUUCACAUAACAUGCACUUGCUACUCUUAUUGUGAACUUCUUUUUGUUGUUGUUGUUUGGCUACAAAAUGCAUCUUUCACACACAUUUUGUUGAAACAUAAAGCAAUACGGGGGGAUCUUUUUAUACAGUUAAUGCUAAAAAUACUGGUACCUGACAAGAUAUUAUUUAAAGUGACUUUUUUUUAAUUGGUUAGAAAUGACAAAAGUGGCAAAAAAUUCUGAAGCGUUGGGGUAAGACAGUUUAAUUACAAAAAUAUGCCGAAUAUAUCCAUUUCGAUAAAAAGUACCAUGUCAAAAAUGAGUCAUACGCUUUCUCAAGGUAUAUUCAUUUUAAUUUUUUUUAUUGAUUAGAAUGUGCUAGACGAAGUAGAGGUUACGAGGAUUCUUCAGAACGUAACGUAAAACAUCAUUGCUGUGUACAGAAAAAAAAGAAAUCUCUGGUUUUUGACACUUUUUUGGGUGAUAUUUCCAAACGGACAAUACCCACUCAAAAAACACAAAUCCACUUUAAGUGAAAAUAUUGCCAAGGUAUGAAUCAUGUAGGGCUCAGCUGUCAGGUUUAAUGUGAUAAUUAUUACUACAACGUCAGUCAAUCCAACACAAUGAAGACUAUUAAGGUUUUGUACGGAAAAAUAAAAGAUAUAAACCCAAUUAUAAACUGACCACAACAUGCAUUUGUUACUCAAACAGAGUGUCAGUGAUUAACAUUACAGUUUUUCAUAUUUUCCAAAUUUGUGUAACUCAUGCAAUAAAGUCAUUUGUAGAAGA